UUAUUUUAAACAAUUCCUUGCCAUGCAUCCUUGCCGUGAUUAUACGGUAACACUUUAAACGAACGUGUGCCUUACUUUUGUGCAUCAGUAUAUGCUGCAGAAAAUGCCAUUACGUUAGAGUAUUGUCCCUUUGAUAAAACUGGUUGCCGGUCACGUUUUGUGAUGCGCAUUGCAGACUUAUGGUAGAGGAAGGGCGAACAGUCUAAAAUAAUCGUAAACAGAAUUUACACGAAAACAGCCAGAAAAUGCUUGAUGGGUACAGCCCUGUUGUACAAACUCUUUUAGGGACUCUCUUCACAUGGGGCCUGACGGCACUCGGUGCAGGACUCGUAUUCGUCUUCCAGAGUGGACAGAGGAAGAUUCUUGAUGGCAGUCUUGGGUUUGCAGCUGGGGUGAUGAUUGCUGCAUCAUACUGGUCACUGCUUGACCCAGCCCUGGAAUAUGCAGGCCAGUCUGGUCUCUAUGGUGACAGGGGACAGUGGUCAUUUAUUCCGGUUGUUAUCGGUUUUGUCCUAGGGGCGAUCUUCGUCUAUGCUGCUGAUGUACUUAUGCCACAGAUGAAUAAUCCCAUGAGCCUGGCUCUGUCCAUGGAGACCGAUUACAAGAUGGAGGACGUCGGGGUCAGUGACAUUCACAUCCAGCUCAUCGAUGAUGACGUGGCAGCUGGAAGACCGCGGUCAGAUCUCGAUACUCGGCAGAGGAAGAAACAGCCUGCAAUGACAUUCCCUACCCAGAAUGGUCUGAACGGGGCAGUGUCUGAGAAGACACUCGAUCCCGUCGCAAAGAGUGCUAGCUGGAGGAGAAUACUCUUGUUAAUAAUCGCCAUCACUGUACAUAAUAUACCAGAGGGACUUGCAGUAGGUGUUGGUUUUGGUGCUAUAGGGAAAACAAAAACAGCAACUUUUGAAAAUGCCAGAAAUCUUGCCUUCGGUAUUGGAAUACAGAAUUUCCCAGAAGGUUUAGCAGUUAGUUUACCAUUGCGGGGAGCUGGACUCUCAACAUGGAAAAGUUUUUGGUAUGGUCAGCUGAGUGGCAUGGUGGAGCCGAUAGCUGGUCUGUUUGGUGCUGCUGCGGUAGUCGUGGCUGAGCCGUUGCUGCCGUAUGCCCUGUCAUUCGCUGCCGGUGCUAUGAUCUAUGUAGUAGUUGAUGACAUUAUUCCUGAAGCUCAACUAGGGGGUAAUGGUAAGCUGGCCUCCUGGGGAGCUAUUGUUGGCUUUGCGGUCAUGAUGUCACUUGAUGUGGGUCUUGGCUGAUCGUGGAAUGUGUCAUCAUAGAAUCUUACUGGAAUUUUAGAAUUUUCACAAGCAGACCACAUGGUAUUAAAUUGGUGUUUGGGAUGUCUAUACAGAUUAUGGUGAAGGGUUGUUACUGAUCGACAGUCAAUAAUAUUGUGAUAUGAUUUUGCUCCUGGUGCAUCAUGAUGUUAUAUGUAAUAUAUAUUUGAAUUAGAAUCUUAUACACACAAACGAAUAAUCAUGUAUAUAAUAUUAUGUGUAUAUAUUUAUAUAUGGGUGUUUCUUUCUUCUCCUCACAUGCUCCGUCCACCCGAGAAACUCUAUAUUUAAACACAAAGUUGAAAAUGGAUAAGCAUUCAUGUAAUUUGAAAAUGUGAGAUUUGAUCUGUCAUCAUAAGACAGAGACCAGGGCCCCGUUUUACGGAGUUCAAGGAGAUCUUAGCACUAAGCUUGCUUCUUGGAACAGGGCCCAGGACUCUUACUGCUAAAAUCGAUGUAAGUGCAUAAGGUAGCUGACCUUUGUAAAAUGGGGUCCAGGUCCCAUUUUACAAAGAGAUCUUUGCGCUAAGAUCACCUUAAGUGAAUAAGGUAGCUAUGCACUUAAGGAGAUCUUAGCGCUAAGAUUGCUUUGUAAAACGGAGCUCUGGAGCUAAGUCAUAAAGCUCUCUUAGACAAUGAUCACAUCAUCUUUGCAUGUCUUUUUUUGGCAUUGCACUGCAAAACUGCAAAGUUGCAAGAGUUUAGUGAAUUAAAGCCGAGACCCUCGUGUCUCCCAACUCAUGACGUAGAGUAGUAGGAAUGAACAAUAACCCAUGACAUUUUGCGACUAAAGUCAAUCAGGUACUAGUAUUAUAAUUUGGUGGAUGUUUAUUUUACCGAAGAGGAAGCCAAGCCUCUUCAUCUUUUUCAGAGGUUUAUUACUUAUUAACUCAUCUUUUAAAAUUAAUUUCAUUCUUAUUCCUUCAAAUAAUAAAGUAUAAUACAAAUGAAGAGCUUCAUCGCAAAACACGAUAAACGCCAUAUUAAAAACACAUGGACAAACAAUUUCCAGCAAAAUCGAUACGAUUGUCUGAGGAUAUAUGGCAGAUUGCAGAGAAACUGGGUGUUUGGAAUAACAUGUUUUUAGGAUUGGGUGUGUAUAGUGGGGGUUUAUAUUGUUUUCCGAUGAAACUCUUCAAAUAUAUGUAUGCUCAACUAAAAAGGUUUAUCAAAAGUAAUUUUACUUGUUUGUUUGGGGGUUGGAAGUGGGUUGAGUGUUUUGUGGGGAUUCUGGUGUUUUGGGGUUUUUUUUAUCCUGUAUAAAGAAUAAAUAUUCUGUGUUUAUGUUAAACCUAUGACCUUUUAAAAUCUGUAUUCAUGUUUCAAUGAUGUAUUUUUACAUUCUGACAGUUAAGUUGUAAUUUACAGAGGAAAAUUCACAAUAUAUUACAUUCCAGGAAUUAGAAUAUAUACAUGUACACCUUGUCUUUCACAGUAUAACCAGUAUAUUUCUUGCUCUCGGUUUUCUCUCUUUUUUUUUAACUUUAUUAUUUUGAAAGUCACAAGCUAAGCAUUGUGCUUACCAGUAAGUGUUUUAGAUUGGCUUAUAGGAAUUUUUAUGAACAACAUUCUGAUUUUAAAAGAGUAUGUAAAUUAUGCAUGACAUGUAAAUGUCAGCAUUCUAAGAUCAUUUUAAUAGAAAGAAAGUAAAGGAAUACAAUUUCGAAAGAGUGGAUCUAUAUUAUGCUACUUAUUUUUGUUACACACUGUGGUAGUAAAUUUCCAAAUAUUAAAAAAAAAAUUCUGUUUAAUAUUACCUAUCGAAUUUGAAUCCACAAUUAUAAUGUCCAACCCACACCCACUCACCCCCUCUUUUUAUUUUGGUUGCUCUGCUGCUGUUUUAUUUCAUUAAUUAUACAAAAAUAUUUUUACAAUAGGUGUGAUUGGAGUACAUGUACAUCAAAUUUUUAUUUUUUUAAAACACUUUUUUUUUUAACUAUAGUGUAGCCAAAUCAGUUAAUCAUAAUAAACACUUUGUAAAACAACUUAAAUAAAACUAUUGUUUUAUUUGUCAUGUACAUGGUGUAUAUUCCUUUGUGUGUAUGUUGUUGUAAGAUAAAACACAGGUAUGCAUGUCUUAAUUAUUGAUUGUGAAACAUAUUUUGUUGCAAUAAACAAAAGAAUUGAGCUCAGGUUUGUCAACUUAGUAGACCCUCCCAUUCAUUUAUGUGACACAUGUGAAAUACAUUAUUAUUAUUAUUAUUAUUAUUGUUAGAUUUAUUAUAUUAAUUGUAUUACUAUUAUUAUACCAAAUGAAGCACAUCAUAUUACAUCUGUAGAGUACAUGUAUGUCGAAUGACUUGUAUAGGUGUUGCCUCACUGUGUGACUUUUAGCAAUGAUUUCUUGCACUUGAUUUACAGUUAAGACAUAGGACAUUUAACAUGCAGGUUGUAAUUUUAUUCUAUUCUUCUUAACUUGGGGUCACAGGUACCCCAAACAGAAACCCCUAAUACAAAUACAAUAGUUACAUAUACAUGUAUAUAACAUUACUAUAACAUAUCUGACAUUAUUGUUUGGGGAUACCUAUGCUUGGUGUGACCCAGUGGCUAACUAAAAUCAUUGCUUUUUGACAUUCAGUUAAACAUUAAAAAGUUUGUUUUGUGUAGCAAAACCACUAGAGCACAUUGAUUUAUUAAUCAUCAGCGUUUGGAUGGCAAACAUUUGAUAAUUCUAACAUAUCGUCUUA